UUCGACCUUAAUAUCUUCUAUAUAUUAGGAAAACUCAACGUUGUACUAGACGCCUUUACCUUUAAGCUAGUUAUUAGUGACAAGUUUAAAGCUAAGUUGGCCGUCGUUUACCCUAACGACUAUAGGUAUAAUAAGAUUAUUAGGAACCUCUAUAAUAUAGAAGAAUAA